AUGCUGAUGGACGCCUACCGUGACGAACGCCCCGGGAUCCGCGUCGCCUACAGGACAGACGGCCGACUCCUCAAUCAGUGGCAGAUGCACUUCCAGUCACGUGUAUCCACAACUGCCGUCCAUGAACUUCUCUUCACCGACGACUACUCCCUCAACGCCACCUUUGAAGGAGACAUUCAAAGGAGCAUGAAAAUAUUCGCCGCCGCCUGUGACAACUUCGGCCUCAUCAACAAUAUGGGAAAGACGGUGGUUAUGCAUCAACCGCCACCUGACGCCGCCUAG